CGUCUUUUUAUAAAUUUGGGCUUCUCUGACCGCGCCUUCCAAAGAAAGCCGUCGCCGACCUCUUCACGCCCAAAAAAAAAAUCCAAACACGCCAUUAACAUUACCAGCGCCGCCAUAGCCUCCGAGCUCUGCAACCCAAAAAAAUAUCAAACCACAGAAGCUAACAAGGAUUCAAACUCAUAUUCAUCGCCGGUGAGAGCUAAAGCCCACGCCUUGCUUAUAAUUUCGGUUCAAGUUCAUCGGCGAGCUUCGUCUUUUCAUCACAGAAUUGGGAAAAAAGGGAAAUGAAAAAGAAAAAGAAAAAGAAGAAGAAAAGAAAGAGUAGUAAGGAGAAGAGUUGGCUGCUGCCCCUGGUUUUCUACACAAACCUGUGUGUUUGCUGCAUACCCACUUGUUGUCUUCACCAGAUGGUCAAGAUAGACACACAAAUGAUUUGGAUUUUGGAUAGGAAGAAGAACUUUUGAGUUUGGGUCCCCCUUCAGUGGUGGAGGCUAGAAUCCAGCCACUAUCUUGCCACCUCACCAUCAUGGGCCUCCAGAUUUUGGGUCCCAUCUGAUGUGCAGGGACCAGACAAGUGUUUCACAUGCUGAGAAUUAUUUUCACCAUCUUUGUGAUAUAACAUAGCUCAACAAUUCUUCCUCUGUCAAAGUCAAGUCUGGAGGAGGAACUGCCUUGAUGUUGACGAUUUCAAUUCACAAGCCUAUGCUGUUGAGAUAUUCCCAUGUCAGAAUUAGAAGUCAUCAAAAGUUUCACAAGAUUGAUCCCGUUCCAUUCGUGAAAAUGGAAGCAAAGUCUUCCCAAACGAGGAAGAUGGAAGAACUGUCAGUAAAGCAUCCAACACCAUUUAUUCCUAAGUUGGAACCAUCAGGGGAGCCUGAUCUACAAUUUGACCGGCUGCAACCAUCAGAUCAAGAUUUAGUUCAAGAGAAAAAGCUUGAAUUUGGACGAUUUAUUGCACGAGAGGCCAUCCUUGAUGAAGAAUUGUGGACAGCAGCAUGGUUACGUGCAGAAAGUCACUGGGAGGAUCGGGCAAAUGACCGAUUUGCUGACAGCUACAAAAGGAAAUUUGCAGAUCAGGAAUUUAAUGCUAUAAAAAGACGAAGAAAAGGGGAAUAUGGGCAGAAAUGCUCAUGCAUUAUCACGGUGAGGAAGGAAUCAAAGAAUAUGAAAUACACUGUUGUGAAAAGUGUAGUUGGAACACUUGAUUUGAGCAUCCGGUACUUGUUGGAUGGAGAGACCUUUCCAGGGGAGCGGGAAAAGGCUCCUCCCUUUUGCAGCAUCAACAGAACGCAGUCAAAUAGAUAUGGUUAUAUUUCAAACUUAUGCGUCUCCAAAGCAGCACGUUGCCAGGGUAUUGCGAGCAGUAUGAUGCAUUUUGCUAUUAGAUUAGCAUUGUUAGAGGGUGCAGAACAGGUUUAUGUGCAUGUGCAUAGAAAGAACAAACCAGCACAGGAACUGUACCGAAAGAUGGGCUUUGAGAUGGUUGAAAAGGCGACCUCUCAAUUAGAAGAAGAGCAAACUUAUUUGCUUCGUUUCAAGACCUGAAAGCAGCUUACUCACACACACUCAUUCAUGAUUCUUUUGUUCCUGGAAUUAAACAAUUACUAUAGAAUCCUUGUGUCUACAUGUGACAUGAGUUAGGUCAAAAUCCAAAAAUCUCACUUACUGUACAAAGUCAUGAAGUCAAAGAGACGACCCUGCAAAGGUUUUUGGUAUAGAGUGUACUUGUCACUCCUUGUUCAACCAAAAUAUGGUGAAAUGAAAAAUAUUAUGCAGUCCAAUUCUCACUUUCUUUAACUGAUUAACGCUGAUUGUAAUUGCGAAUAUUUUUUUUAAAGGAGGCAACUUUACUGGUA